GUUAGCCUUGCCAGGGCCGUGUCCCUGCAGCAGCUGUGGUGGAGUCCUCCUUGUGCCACCAGUAGGGUCAGGAGCAGCCUGACCUCGGCAGCGGGAGAACAUGAGUCAGGUUCACCUUGCCCUUAAUCCAUGUGAAGACCUGUUGGAAACACCUUCUAGAAACAUAACAGUUUUCAGUCUCCUAAUAAAUUGUUGUGUCCAAGAAGAGCCUGUCCAAAUGAGCAAGACAUCCCAACAGAACACUGCUACAGAUGCGAACGGAGUAAGUGUGAUUCACACCCAAGCACACACCAGUGGUUUGCAGCAGGUUCCCCAGUUGGUGCCCGUUAGUCCUGGUGGUGGAGGCAAAGCUGUGCCUCCGAGCAAACAGGGAAAGAAAAAUUCCUUUGUGGAUAGAAACAGUGAUGAGUAUCGUCAGCGCAGAGAGCGAAACAACAUGGCAGUAAAAAAGAGCCGGUUAAAAAGCAAGCAGAAAGCACAAGACACGCUGCAAAGGGUCAACCAGCUCAAAGAAGAAAAUGAACGUUUAGAGGCAAAAAUUAAGCUCUUGACUAAGGAGCUGAGCGUACUGAAAGACUUGUUCCUUGAGCACGCGCACAAUCUUGCAGACAAUGUGCAACCUGUUGGCACUGAAACCACCACCACAAAUCCAGAAAACAAUGGACAGUAGACACUGUUGCAACCUUACGAAGUGAACUCUCAAGGUGCAGCUUGUCUGCAACGUCCAUGCAGUCACCAGGCAAAAACUCUGUUCUUUUAACCAUCAUUUUGUGGAGAUUUUUCUUUUUAGGUUUAACACUGAAGAUUUGAUACAAUUAAACCAGAAACUGCUUAGGGUAUUUGUUUUAAAUAUUUUUCUCCUCUAAAAGAUUUAUCUAAUAAAUGCAGACCUAAAUUCAUAGUCAACAAGGAACUUAGUAUUAGGGAAAUAGCAUUUUCACAGAAAUGUUCACUUACCUUCUUAUAGUUUGCAUAAUGGGAGGAAUCCAGCAGGAUGGUUCACUGUAGUAUCAGAAACUCAUAAUUGGAUAAAGUGUCUUUUAAAUAUCUUUUAGUGUAUUUAAGCCCUUUGUUUUCUCCAUUACAUACUACAAAACUGCAAAGGCCGUGGAGGCUGUUUGCUUUCCUGUUUGGUGGACUACUUUAAAUCUGUAGAGCAAGUCCUAUAAAGCACCACUUAGGUAUUUCCUGUCCAGUUAUAGUUAAUGGGGAGGGUGUAGUAAUAGUGAGCUGAGAUGCUUACUGAUAUUUUCCAGAAAAAUAGCAAUAUACUACGAAGAUAUAUACAGGCAGUUGGCUUCCACAAAGCAAAUGAGUCUGAAGCAUCAUGUACAAGAGGUAAAGCAGCACAUCAUUGACAAAGCCUUUUAAGCCUGUGUUCACGUUGCUCACCUAGUGACUGGGGCCUUAUGAGAACAAGAUUUUGGUUUUCAGAAAAUGUCAAAAUGCUACCAAAAAACCUGUGCUCUGCAAAAUUGCAUUCUUGCUGGGGUGCAGGUACCAGGGAGAACAAAAUGUGCAGCUUGACUAAGCAAUGAAAGGGGUAAGACAGCAUCUGUUCAGCCAGAAUGUAUGGAUCACUGCUUGUUGACAUUCAUCUCCAUUUUCAUGGCUGUUCAGAUUUGCAACCAAGAUCUUACAGAAAUUCACAGUGAUUUUAAAAAUAAAUGGCCCUAGUUUGAAUAACUGAUUCAGUUGAAUUUCUAUAGCCAUCAUACAGUUGCGUGAAGGAGUAUCUUUGGUCUUGUUUUAUUUUCAUGAAAGUUCUUCUAUAUCAACUUUUUACAUGCUAGUGCUAAGUCUUUGCCAUGAUCCAUAAUGCAGUGGUAUGUACUAUACUGAGGAUUUAAACAAAAGUAAAGCAGGAACUUUGAUGUAACCUUAAUUUAUUUUCAUUUUUAAAUAUUUCAUUGAUGGUAUGGUUGUUUUACAUUUAACCUGUGUGUCUGGCUAGUGGAUUAUUACACAGUCUUAAUUGCCCUUCUACACUACCUUUUUCCAUAGAUUAUUUUGUAGGAUGCUUGUUUGCCUUGUAUCUGUACUUAGGAAGAGAACUCGGAUAUUAUCUCUAUGAAGAUGCUGUUAGAAAAUGAAAUCUUGAAAAGUUCUUUUUGAAUUUAAACUUUUAAUACAUGCGGAAAACUUUUAUGGAUUGUUUUGGAUUAUGGUAGUCUUUUUACAAAGAUAUGUUUUUUGGUUCUAGCUGCAGCUUAAGUAGGUAGGGUUGAAAUAUCAGAAGCUAAUAAAAACGUUUUGCUUCUA